ACAGCAUUGACCAAUCAUUUCUAAGAGUCUGUUUCGUCAUCAAUAUCGCCUAUCACAUCACAUUACAACUUCCUGUUACAACUUGGGUUCCUUUCACGUUUCAACUUUCACCAACAUCAUUAUUCAGGUUCCUAUUACAUGAGUAAAUAAAUCUAAAAAGCCCCUGGAGCUGCUAGGACGCCUUCAUCAUGAGUCGGAUGUGAGUUCAACACCUACAGGACAUUAACCAUUGUCUCCCUCCACUUUCCGGACAUCGUCAUCCAAUCUGGACCAAAUCCACCAUCGAGGCUUGAGACUUAUACUAAACCACAAUAUUCAGUAACUCCUCCCAUCAGGAGCAGGAGAAGAUGCCAGACGAGAACACGCCUCUCAUCCAAACCGUUCGGGUCGGCCCUCCCCGGAGGAGGUAUCCUCACCAGACCUGGCGUCGAUUCUUCACUCUGAUUUGCUCCGUGAUUCUCAUCGGCGGUUUUGGCUUAUUCGUGUUCCAAACUUUCUUCAUUGGGCCUCGUCAUCACCACGGCCACCCUGGCUCUUGGUUACCAGGCAAGAGCCGUCUAAGUUAUGAGGAACUCGAACGUAUUCUCUUUGAUACGCCGGACCCCAAGAAGGCUGAGGAAUGGAGCCGUUACUAUACAUCGGGCCCCCAUCUGGCCGGCGCCAACUACUCACAGGCCGAGUGGACCAGGGAUCGAUGGGAGGAAUUUGGUGUCAAGUCUGAGAUCGUGGCUUAUGACGCCUACCUCAACUAUCCCGUUGAUUCCAGCGUUUCCAUCCUGAAGAAGUCGAAGAAUGGGAAAGACUGGGACACCACCUUCAAGGCCUCUCUCGAGGAAGAUGUUAUUGACGAAGACCCCACAACGUCCCUCGAAAAUCGUGUGCCCAUCUUUCACGGCUACUCGGCGAGUGGAAAUGUCACUGCUUCCUUCGUCUACGUCAAUUAUGGUACUUAUCAAGACUAUCAAGAUCUUGUUGAUGCCAAAAUUGAUGUCAAGGGCAAGAUUGCUAUUGCUCGAUAUGGAGGAAUCUUCCGAGGCCUCAAGGUCAAACGUGCACAAGAACUCGGUUUCGUUGGCAUCCUGAUCUAUAGUGACCCUGGUGAUGAUGGAGAAAGGACCGAGGAGAACGGGUACAAACCUUACCCUGAAGGACCUGCACGUAACCCCAGUUCUGUUCAGCGCGGAAGCGCAGAGUUUCUGAGCAUUCGCCCUGGUGAUCCAUCUACCCCUGGAUAUCCUUCCAAGCCUGGUGUUCCCCGAGCACCAGUCGAUGAUGCAACCCCUUCUAUCCCCUCCAUUCCUAUCUCAUACCGUGAUGCCCUUCCUAUCCUCAAAGCUCUGAAUGGUCACGGUCCAAAAUCCACCCACUUUAACAAGUACUGGAACAAGAAUCUCGGCUUGAAGUACAAGGGUAUCAAAUACAACAUCGGUCCCACCCCGGAUGAUGUUGUUAUCAAUCUCUAUAAUGAACAGAAAUAUGUCACUACUCCUCUCUGGGACGUUAUCGGCGUCGUCAAUGGUACUAUCCCCAAUGAAGUCAUCGUUGUUGGAAACCACCGAGACGCUUGGAUCGCUGGUGGGGCUGGCGAUCCCAACAGUGGCUCUGCAGUCAUCAACGAGGUCAUACGAGGAGUUGGAAAGGCCGUUGAGGCUGGUUGGAAGCCUCUUCGAACUAUUGUUUUCGCGAGCUGGGAUGGCGAGGAAUACUCACUCAUCGGCAGUACCGAAUGGGUUGAGGAAUAUCUGCCAUGGCUCUCGGAAGCAAAUGUCGCCUACGUCAAUGUCGACGUCGGCGUCGACGGCCCCGAGUUUACUGCUUCUGCAGCUCCUCUCCUCAAUCAGAUCAUCCGCGACGUUACAAGCGCUGUACCCUCGCCCAAUCAGACUAUCCCUGGUCAGACAGUCAAUGACCUCUGGUCAGGCAGGAUCGCAACCAUGGGCAGCGGCAGUGAUUUCACCGCGUUCCAGGAUCAUGCAGGUAUUCCCUGUAUUGACUUCGGUUUCAAGUACAGAGGUAACAGUGCUGUGUAUCACUACCACAGCAACUAUGACAGCUUCUACUGGAUGAAGGAGUACGGUGACGUUGGAUUCAAGUACCACCGAACUAUGGCUCAGAUCCUGGGUCUGACCGUUGCCAAACUUGCUGGGACCGUGAUCAUUCCCUUCAGUGCUACCGAGUACGCUGAUGCGUUGGAGGGCUAUCUCGACAAGGUUGAGGCCAAGUUAGAGCCUAGCAAGGACGCUCUCACCGAGGAGGAGAUCUUCAAUAUCCGUGGUGCCGUCUCAUCGGGCAAGCCGAUUGGCAACGAGGACGAUUUCAAGACGAGCCUCAAGGAUAUUCGUGACCUCCUUGGACACUUCCACCUAAAGGCUAGCGAGCUCGACGCUGAAGCUGAAAUCGCUAAACAUCAGCUUGAGCAAGGUAUUCCAUGGUGGAACAUCGUUGAAAAGAUUCGUCUCGGCUAUACCAUCGUCAGAGUCAACAGGAGAUAUAAGUUGCUCGAAAGGAGCUUCCUCUACGAAGGAGGCUUGGAUGGACGAGACUGGUUCAAGCAUGUUGUAUUUGCGCCUGGUAUUUGGACCGGUUAUUCUGGAGCUGUUUUCCCUGGUUGGGUUGAGAGCAUCGACGCCAAGGACUAUAUCAACGGUCUCAAGUGGUCCGCCAUUAUCGGGCGCUCCAUUAACAGUGCCAUUGAUGGUCUUUCGGAUUAGGCUGCUGCUUGGUUCUUGGUCUGUUUUGAACUAGGAUCUAUGGAACUAUUUAUGCGAUUGCGUCUGAUUCUGAAGAGGACGAAGAGCUGCCUCUGACCAAGACUAGGUCCAGGUCUGUCGAGCAAAGCUACUAUUACAGGACAGAAGUAAGCACUUCAGUGAUUUGCUUUCAAUGAUCCUAGGACUCCUCAUAUAAUAUGUCAUGUCUAAGGCAUGCUUUAGGAUAUAUUAUCUCAGAUUCCGACUACAAUGAGUACGGAACUCGGGCCCUUAUAUCCUAUCCUCCUAUCCUGUGCUGUCCUGUGCUGUCCUGUGCUGUCCUGUGCUGUCCUGUGUUGUCCUAUGCUGUCCUGUGUUGUCCUAUGCUGUCCUGUGUUGUCCUAUGC